AAUCGAACCUAAUAAUUCUGAUGCAUUAAAAUUUCGUGGUGAAGUUUAUUGCAAGUUAGGAAGAUAUGAAGAAUCUCUUGAAGAUUUAAAUAAAGUAUUAGAAAGUGAACCAAAUAAUGUAUUUGCUUUAAAUAAUCGUGGAAUAGCUUAUAAAUCAAUAAAUAAAUUUGAUGAAGCUCUCGCUGAUUUAAAUAAAUCAUUCGAAAUCGAACCAAAUAAUGCCGAUACAUUAAAAUUUCGGGGUGAAGUUUAUUGUAAGUUAGGAAAAUAUAAAGAAGCCCUUGUUGAUUCAAAUCGUUCAUUGGAAAUCGAACCAGAUGAUGCUUUUGCGUUAAAAGUUCGCGGUGCAACUUACCAUAUGUUGGAUAGAUAUGAAGAAUCGCUUGCCGAUUUAACCAGAUCAUUGGAGCUUGAACCAGAUGAUCCGUUUGCAUUAAGAAAUCGUGGUGCAACUUAUCGUAUGUUAAGUAGAUACGAAGAAGCACUUAUAGACUUGGAUAAGUCAUUAGAACAAGAACCUGAUAAUGCAUUUGCGAUAAUGAAUCAUGGUGCAAUUUUUUAUUGA